AUGUUUCGUAGUUUGCAAAACUUUUACAAAAUAAACAAAACUUUAGAUAUAAUAUGUUCUCGAAAUCUAUCAUCUACGGAAGUAUCAACAGCACUGAGGCCUUUCUAUUUUUCUGUUCAUCCAGAUUUGUUUGGUAAAUACCCAAAUGAAAGGUCUAUAAAUGAAUCAUCCCUUCAACAACUAAGUUCUAUAUUGGAAAGUAUACAAGCUUCACGCCCUGUUCGGCCAAUGAGUUUAAGUUUCUACAUAAAAGACAAAUCUAAGAAGGCAGUGACAUUUCGCCUUAUAAAAAUACAUCUCAAUCAAGGAGAUAUACGUUCCACUGUGAUGAAUAUUCUGAAAAGUUGUGGCCUUCCUACUGAUUAUGUAGAUAGCAAAAGACCUCCAUUGUCUGCAAAAGAACCUGAAUUCAAAUUCAGAUAUGAAAAUGACAUAGAUCUCACUAAUGUCAAUGAGAAUCACCCAAUAUAUACUCAUGUUAAAAUGCAAAGGAAUAUUUGGGAGGCUCAAGAAGCACAAAAGUUGAGAAAUUAUUUGAGCUCAAACUAUGUAGAAGCAUUAGAGAAAUCAGAAAAGGGAGAUAUUUUUAGAAAAGAGAUAACCAGGUUGAAGACAAAGAUAGUUGAGGAAGUGGGUGUGAAAGAUAUACAGUGGGACUGUGGAUGGAAUGUCUCACAUUUUAGAGGAUGUUUACUGAGCUUUUUGUCCCUGGUGGAGCAUCAUCCCAAUAUCAAAACAGCUUUGCAAGGUAGGAUAUUGGUUUUCUCAUUUUUCACUGGUGUAAGUCUUGAUGGCCAUGUAAUGCUGUUUAGUGGAGAAGUUAGACACAAUUGGUUAGAUUUCAUUAAAAAAAUCAAGAAUUAUGAUUCAGCAUUGACAAGAAUACCAGCUUUUGAGAAGUCUCUAUCACAUGUCUUGAGGAAUAUCAAAGUUGUGCGAAGAAAAUUCAUGCCAAAAAUCGUAGCUGGGGCUUAUGAACAAAACUUGAAACAGAUAACUACUUCUCUCAGUGAUUAUAGUGGGCAAAAACCAUUUCCUAUAGAGUGGCCUAAAUCUCUAGAAGAUUAUGAAAUAGUUGUGGAAACGGAAGCUGGACCCUUGAUGGUAUCACCUACUGGACAGUUUAUAGUACCUUCAGCAAUCCCUGGUGAGUUACUAGUCAACUUCAUAACUGAAAAUCUGCAAGAUGCUUGUGAGAAAAACAAAGAAUAUCAAAGUAAUAAACAUCUCGAACGGACAUUGGUGAAAAAGUGCAUUGAAGAACUGGAGCUGUCAGAGUUACUGAAAGAGGACAAUAUUCAUCCGGAUUUAAUGAUAAAAUGUUGUGAAAAUUUAUUAGCUAACAAACAGGAAAUAGAGCAUUAUACAAAAAGUUUGCAUCUCAAUAUUUCUACAUAUUAUUCUGUGUUAUCUGAUGGAGUGGUUUGUAUUCCGUGGAAUUUCAGUCUGUGA